UCAUACGUGCAGCUGACAAAUCAGCGAGCACAAAUAGUGUAUGACAUGACUUGUGAAGACGAGGAGAGAGAAAAGUUUGAGGUCAAGUUGAAGGAGUUGAGACAACAAUUGGAUAUGUUACUACAGACUGAACAGAACGACUUAUCAUUGGAUAUCAAGUUACAAAUGUCAGACAUUUAUCUGACAAUGCAGACACAGUUGGGCUCGUCUGAAGAAUGUCGUCAAAGGAAAGAGUUUAGAGAAAAUCAACUGCGUUACAUUGACCAGAUGCUCUCUGAGGGAAACUUGCAAGGUGAUCAUGAUGGAGGAACUGAUGAGGUAAAAGACUACACUACUGAUGACAGCCGAGAAAGGCCUGUCAAGGUACAUCGUAGUAACACGUUUGCGGAGAGCAGUGGAAGAAGAAUGUACCCAACGAAUUCGUCUGGUGUUCCUGGCAAGAUUCUAUGGCGUCGUCCAUCUCCUAAUCAGAAUGGUAUUCACAUUCGUCAGAGAAGCAAUCCAGAACAAGGACGGCUAGCUCACGAGUUGAUGAUGAGAUCUCGUGUGGAUCCUGCUUCAUCAGUAGGCGAUCUACCUGCAAACUUUCCUGCAUUGGGUGCAAGGAGAAGCUCACGAUCACCACGUCAGAGUAAUGAACACCUUGACACAUCAGCAACCAGCAUCAAUUCAUUCAAUCUUCAAGGACGUGCCAGCACCAAUGCAUCUCUCCAGUCUCUUGACAUGUCGUAUCCACAUCAUUCUAUAUCAGCCGCCGACUCAUAUUUGUCCUCAUCAGCUCAUUGUGAGCUUUCUCGCUUUGAUUCAUCCUUCAAUGCUGAUUAUAAUGAUUUGAGGGGCGAGUUGAGAGGAACACAGUUUGGAGAUCAGAGGAUGGGAGCAGUUUCCAAGCCUCAUCGUUCUCUUUCAACUCGUCUCACGUCUCUUGCUGCCGACGGUUCUCUUGCUUCUAAAGUUGACAUGAUCCAGUCUCUUCUGACGAUGCUGAGAUCUUCAGACCAAGACGAGAUGUCGCGCACUCUCCUCACAAUGGCAAACAGCAAGGAAAGCUGCGUGGCAAUGAGGCAGUCGGGUUGCAUUCCACUGUUGCUGCAGAUACUGCAUCCGAGAGGGGAGGACGGAGUUACUGUUAGAUCGAGCAGGGAGGCGAAGAUGAGAGCUACGGCGACGCUACACAACAUCAUUCAUCUGCAAGGACACUCUCAUGAAUCAGUUCGAGAGAUGAAUGUCCUUCAACUCCUCGAACAAGUUCGUACCCUCACCGACAUUCGUCGUUUACAAGUCGAAAAGGCCACCAAUCGACGCGACAUCCCUCUCACAUCAGCCAACAUGAAGCUGAUGGCAGAACAACAACGUCCCGGUCACAGCAUCGAAUCACUCAUGCAGCUCUCCUACAAACAAGAAUAUCGUCCGGCCAUUCUGUUACUCGGUGGGGUCUACGCGGUCGGCGAGCUUCUAGAGGCCGAUCACAAAGCAAUGGCUACGUCUGUGAUGUCACGUGACGAUUCAAAUAUCAACAGGCUACAUCCGGGUACCGACCUGCAUAGACACUGCUGUGUGAUUUUGACAAACUUGACGUUCGGCGGAGCGGCUGUGAAGAUCGAAUUGUGCCGUAUGAUCAACUGUCUCCACAUCAUCGUGCUCCAACUCGAGUCGCAUUCGGAGGAGCUUGUGAAAGCGGCGGGAAACAUCCUGAGAAAUCUGUCGUGGAACACGUGCACAAGAGGAGACGACGUUGCGGGCGUUGAUGAGAGCGUUGUGAAUCUUUUGGCGUUCAAGGAAAACAAGGCGGAUAUCUGUGCGGAGUCAGGAGGUCUGAAGCUUAUUCUUCAUCUUCUAAAGCAUUGGACGAGUGCGAGAUACUCGGAAGAUAUCGUACAGAAUGCGGCCGGGAUCCUACUGAAUAUCUCGAGUUAUGUCUCGUUGCGAGAAGCCUACAGACAGAGACAGAGAGAGAGCGGUCUGUAUCAGGUUCUCGUCGAGUUGCUCAAGUUGGACAGUCCGGAGAUGCUCGAGAAGGUGUGCGGCAUCUUGUGGAAUCUCUCCUCACGUAGCGCCGCCGAUCAAUCGAAGCUUUGGGAUCUAGGAGCGGUUCCCGCUCUGCACAGGCUCACGAAGUCUGUCAAGGAUCCGAAAAUUCAAAAGGCAGCUGCGCAGGCGUUGAAGAAUCUCAUGCAAGCGAAAGGCGGUGGAUUAGGUGGCGUCGUCGAGGCAACUGGGAGUCGGAAUGGAUGCGUCUCUAUUACAGGGUAAUCAACUAGUCGUGCGUCUGGUCAUACAAGCGGGUUGGACGGUUCACUAUUGAAUGCCUCCUCCCUUCAACGAUCGAGUAAUCCCCCACCCAAACCAAGGAGAAUGCUAGUGAAUCAAAGUUUCGAUGUGAAUGACGUUAGGAGUCAUGCCAUUCACCUACUUGGCUCACACACGCCUCCAUUGUCACGAGAAUCCCAGCCGAACUCUCGAUCUCAUUCUCGUUCUCAAUCGAAGUUUUUAGUUGUGUGUGUUUAUGUUUUGAAAGGAUGAAUGGAAGAUGGGUGAGGAGAAGCAAGGAGACGGAUUUCUACAGCAUGGGAGUCACCCUGUUGGAGCUGCAUGUUUACUGUUCGAUCACCUUCUAGGAUCCUCCUCAGAGAGAUGACCGAGUGCAUCAACUAUGACAGCAGAGACUGGUCACACUGGCAUGUGAUCAUAACAGAUGGCUGUGAUGUCGACAAAGGGAAAAAAACUGGCAACUAUGGGAUGAGGAUUUUCCUGUACAACAAGAGGCAAAAUGAAAGCUGGACAUUUGUGAGUGUGUGAGAAGGAUAUGUAGUGUUGGUAUGAGUACAUUAGCAAACUUUCCAA